ACAACAUCUUGCGCUCGCCCACCAAGCCGACCAACGGGGUGCGCCAGCGCUCCGUCUACACCAACAACCCAUCGCCGGGUAUCAACAGCGAGUUAACAGCCGCCGCAGUUUUAACAGCUCGGCAACAGCAGCAUUGCCACAUCACCUCAUUGCCCUCUCCUGUUAUUUCAGACCUUAUUUUCCGUCUCGCUCUUUUCCACCAUUGCUCUCUUACUUUUCGACUUUAAUAUUCGAAUUUUCCUUCUCUAUUCCCCCCUCUUCUCUCCUCUUCUAAUACUAUUCAAAAUGGUUUGGUUAAUUUCUAUCAAAAUCAAAUGCAAAUUGGGAAAAACGCCGACACUGCGCUUGUGUGUGAAGCUAAAAUCCGUAUAUGCUGCGGGCGAAACCAGCGGGCGUGAGCAGCACACGCAACUUCGAGCUCGAGAACCACACACCGCCGUCAUGUCCCGGCUCUGGACCCGUUGCCAUGACGAACGGCACCAUCCAGUUGCGCCUCCGCGAUGGCAUGCGCAUUGACAUGACUCUGGACAAGGCGGUGCGCGUGCUCAAUCAGCGCAGCAUGGUGGCAGUUGCUCUAUCACGCAACUGCAACAACUCGGCUUUGAUCCACCCCAAUGGACGCAUCUUGCAGAGCGGCGCUAAAGUCGAAAUAGUCACCUACGACGGCACGAAGGGCAAUAACUUUGUUCGCUAUGCCAAGAUGUGGUACAAGGGUGUGAGCUUCACCAGCGAGGCGUGCGCUCUCAUCUACCUGGUGGACACAGCCGGGCGCGCACCACAACCGACACUUUCACCGAUCUGACCAAGGACUACACCCUGGCAGUGUUCUAUGACGACUCGCGCCAUGGUCCCUCUUAUAUGGCUGAAGCCCAUGACGUGAUUGCCAAUUCAGCUUACACUUGUACCGAGGAUGGCACUGAGAUCUAUGACAUAAACGGAUUUCGCAUCACCCAGGCAGCCGAUGGCCUUGUGAAGGUCACUCGUCUUUGAGUACUCGCCAAUGCGCAGGGCCCGCUCCAGGUUGCCCUGCUCGGUGGUGUCGAUGAGCGUUAGCCAUCCGUUGGCCGUGGGAAAGAGGACACAGUCGUACGAGGUUUUAACGUCGUUGUAGACCUUCUCAUAGCUAUUGAGCAUCUCCAGCUCAAAGUCUAGGUUCUCUUUGAUGAUUUUCUUGUCCCACGGCAGUUUGGGGGCUUCACCUGAAAUAAGGAUAUGCAUAUAUAUCUUGCGACUGGCGUUGGCCGUGGCAAUCUUGUGGGGCUUAUCCCAGUGCUUCAGCUUGGCCUGGGCUACAAUGUUAUCGCGCACCUUGGAGGGCACCAGAUCACCGAAGCACUUGAGGCCCACGCGAACCGCCUUGUCAGUGUCCGUGUUCAGAGCCAGCAGCUCGGGACUGAGCGUCAAGGUGGUGCCCGACAAACCCUUUAGGGUUCCAUUUUCAUCUGGUGUUACCUUCUUCUUCAUAUCUACGUCGCCGCAUCCCGAGCAGUCGUAGCGCUCAAUCACUUUAAUCGUUUUGCCAUCGACAAGCGUCUGAAGAUACGCACACAAGUGCAUCGAGCGAAAUGUGAAAUGGAAAUCCAUGACACCACCAAUUAAAAAUGCCAACUCACCUCAAGUCCGGUAGCCCGAGGAUCCACACCGGAAUCAAAUAUGGCAAUGGUUACAUCUUUGCCGUCGUAUUCGGGAUACUUUUGCAGAAAAUUUAGCACUCCUGUCUCCGCCUUGGGCACCAGGGCACCCGUAGGAAAUGACUCGACAAUUCCGCUUGUAGCCAUACUCAUAAUUUCGAAUUUAUUGCUGUUCUCGCCGUGUUCUCGAAACUGUCGUGUUGUUUCUGUUUUUAUAUACUUUUUUUUUUUUUUUUUGUUUUAAAUCAUCUCAAGGAUGAUCGGAAUUUUGAGCGUAGCACUGUAGCCACAUUGAUCAGAUACUGGUGAUGUAGUUUGG